AGCAGCUCGUUCGAUACGGAUUAGUGUUCAUUUUUGUCUUCUUAUGUCUAAUAAGUGAAAAUUAAAUUCGAAUACAACACCGUGACGGAAAAACUGUCGUAUCAAAUCCUUGCCGAACGGCAUGCUAACAAGUUUUCAUAAAAGUCCUAGAUAUAAUGUAUUUCAUGAGGAAUUUCUUAGUUGUCAAAAUCGUCUGGCUGUGAUUCUCUGUUGUUAAAACCGAAAUUAAAUAAGCUAUACUACGCAUGUCCUUGACAAAGUGUAAAAAGAUUGACCGUGCUUAUACAAUUUUCUGGUAGCUACAGUAGUUACAGUGAAGUAAAAGUUUAAUUUUCAACUCAAAAUAAUAGCCUUUCAAAGUUAGUAGGUACAGUUCAACGAAUUCAUCCUAAAAGUUGUCGAACUAUCAACAGCGAACAUGUCGUCCACUGUGACGGUAGCGAAGACGAAACUCCAGAACGCCCAGGAGCCGAUCGUGCUGAAGAACUUACCGGUGGGAGCGUCUUCGCAGAAGGUAUUCGAUCGGGAGGAUAAAUUCGGAGCACACAACUACCACCCGCUUCCGGUUGCACUGGCCCGUGCCGAGGGUGUCUACGUGUGGGACGUCGAGGGUAAACGGUACUACGAUUUCCUCAGUGCCUACUCAGCCGUCAACCAGGGCCAUUGCCACCCGAAGAUUGUGCAGGCCCUAACGGAACAGGCCCAGAUACUGGCGCUGACUUCCAGGGCAUUCUACUCGAACGUGCUGGGCGAGUACGAGGAAUACGUCACACGUCUGUUCGGCUACGACAAGGUGCUACCGAUGAACACCGGCGUCGAAGGGGGUGAAACGGCAUGCAAGCUUGCACGCAAGUGGGCCUACAAGGUAAAGAAGGUACCGAACAACAAAGCGAAAAUCAUCUUUGCCGAGGGUAACUUCUGGGGCCGAACGUUGGCUGCCGUUUCGGCAUCGAGCGAUCCCUCCAGCUACGAAGGUUUUGGCCCGUUUAUGCCCGGAUUUGAGCUGGUUCCGUACAACGAUACCGCUGCUUUGGAGAAAGCUCUGCAGGAUCCGAAUGUGUGCGCAUUUAUGGUCGAACCUAUUCAGGGCGAAGCUGGCGUUGUUGUACCGGAUGACGGUUAUCUGAAGAAAGUGCGUGAACUGUGCACGAAAUAUAAUGUUCUGUUUAUUGCCGACGAAGUUCAAACCGGCCUUGCCCGAACUGGACGCAUGCUAGCGGUUGAUUACGAAGACGUCAAACCAGAUAUUUUGAUUUUAGGUAAAGCUCUUUCCGGUGGAUUGUAUCCCGUGUCCGCUGUACUCGCAAAUGACGAUGUGAUGCUAUGCAUUAAACCCGGUGAGCAUGGAUCGACCUAUGGGGGAAACCCACUAGGUUGCAAGGUAGCACUGGCUGCCCUCCAGGUUCUGGUUGAUGAAAAGUUGGCAGAAAAUGCCGACCGCAUGGGACGUAAACUGCGUGCCUCCUUAUCCGAACUCCCCAAAGACGUGGUUUCCGUUGUGCGAGGCAAAGGACUGCUAAAUGCAAUCGUCAUCAGCUCCGGUGUCGAUGCGUGGGAAGUCUGCCUGCGAUUGAAGGACAACGGCUUGAUUGCCAAGCCAACUCAUGGCGACAUAAUCCGUUUUGCGCCGCCGUUGACGAUCAACGAACAGCAGCUUGAUGAAUGCUCAGAUAUUAUCAAAAACACAAUUAUGUCCUUCGUUAAUGAACAGUAAAAUAGGCUUUAUUUACAUUUGUGUCUUAUGUGUAAGCGUGCAGUUAUCUCAAAUCAAAUUUAUAUUUAAUCAUUUU